AUGGCCAUGAGAAAUCAUUCUACAGUAACCAUGUUUGUCUUAGUAUGGUUGAAUGAGCUCCAGCUGCCCCUCUUCCUCCUGUUCUUGGUGAUCUAUGGGGUGACAGUUGUGUGGAACCUGUGCAUGAUGCUCCUGAUUGAUCUCAGCCCUCUGCUUCACACUCCCAUGUACUAUUUCCGGCAGGUGUCCUUCAUUGAUCUCCAUUAUUCCUCUGACAUUACCCCCAAAAUGCUGGUGAACUUCCUUGGGAAGAAGAAUACAAUCCUUUAUUGUGAGUGCAUGGGCCAAAUCUUUUUCUUUAUGAUCUAUAUGGUAGCUAAGGGUUACUUUUUGACUGCCAUGGCAUGGGAUCACUAUACUGCCAUCUGUAAUCCACUGCUGGGCAAUGUGGUCAUGUCACCUUGGCUCUGCUCUGUGCUAAUGCUGGUUUCCUUCAUGCUGGGCAUUCUGUCUGCUGUGGCCCAUACAAGUGCCAUCAUGAAAUGGAACUUCUGCAAAUCCCACAUCAUCAGUCAUUACUUCUCUGAUGUUCUUCCCCUUCUCAAUCUCUCCUGCUCCAACACACACUCUAAUAAGCUUUUCCUUUUUAUCAUUGCUGGGUUCAACACACUGAUGUCCACUCUUUCUGUUGCUGUAUCCUAUGCCUUCAUCUUCUUCAGUAUCCUUUGCAUCCGGUCCUCAGAGGGACACUCCAAAUUUGGAACAUGCAGCUCUCAUCUCAUGGCUGUAGGGAUCUUCUUCAGGUCUAUCACCUACAUGUAUUUCAAGCCUCCUUCAAGUAACACUCUGGACCAGGAGGAGGUGUCCUCUGUUUUCUACACCACAGGGAUCCCCAUGCUGAAUCCACUGAUAUACAGUCUGCAGAACCAGGAUGUGAAGAAAGCACUGAGGAGGGUCUGGAUGGGAAGAUGA